GCGAGGCGAAGGCGGCCCCCGCGCGUAUGCCGCUUGCCGGGCGGGGGCCGUGCGUUGGCACCCAUGUCGCAGAAAAAAAAGGGCCCGAAGCGGCCGUGAUGCUCCUGCCGAUCAAGGCCGUGAACUGGGUCCUGCAAAACUCGAAGCAGAUCGUCCGGACUCUGUCCGGAAUGGCUGAUGCCGAUAUGGUUGCAGAGACCACCCUCCGCCGCAUCGCGUCUAUGCACAAACUGCUGGCGGCUGUUGGUCCAGGAGAAAUGGUGGACGGCAUUCGCAAUGGCCACAUCCUCCGCACUGCCUGGGGUUUCUUUCUGAACUACGGUGGCGAAGAGAACAUCUACUGGGUUCCGCCGGAGAUCACUCCGGAGGACCUUAGCAGGAUGAUCGUGCUUCGGCAUCGUCCGGGCGGAGCCGGGGCCGACACCUACAACUUCGCUCCGCUUCGGGCACUCGGGGGUAACGGGAGGCUCCCUAUGGGAGACCCUUUCGUCGGGCUGUCGAAUGAUCUACAAGCGAUUAUCAACACGGCGGCCCCGACCCGCGCGCCCAUCGACCGUUUCUUCCACUCGCUGACCACCACAUUGGCCAGGGCUUUGCUCGGGGUUGUGGUGUUGGAUGGAAAUCACAAGUGGUGCUACAAUCUGGCAAGCCGUUCCGGGAACGCUGCCGGUGCUCUCGGCGAUAAUCGGGCGCUCUACAUCCCGUAAGGCUGAGAAGAAAACAGGAAAGGGUGGGGCGCCAGGGCGAGGAACGAAAGCGCCCCUGUUGGGCGACGACAACGCAGCACAGGGCCAACCUCACCGACGGAGUCGACCGCGCCCCGCGCGUUCCCGCACCGGGCGGCGCCUUUGGGAUGGGGGUGCCGGCGGGCGGGCAGC